AUGGAAGAAGAAGUAGACGAAACCGAAGCGGUCUCUCAGGUCUACAUGUCAUGUGUCAUGCAUAGCCAUAGAGUUGGAAUUUCUUAUUAUGAUACUCUUACACGCGAACUCCAUGUGCUGGAACUUUGGGAAGACGGCACUGCAGAAUUUCCCUUAAUUGAUAUGGUCAAAUAUCAAGUUAAGCCCUUGAUCAUAUACACAAGUACUAAGUGUGAAGAAUCUUUGCUAGCUGCUUUACAACAAAAUGAUGGUGCAAGUGAGGUACCUACUGUGAAGCUUAUGAAGAGUACAAUAUUUAGUUAUGAACAAGCAUGGCACAGAUUAGUAUAUCUACGGGUGACAGGAAUGGAUGACGGGUUAAACAUUAAAGAGAGAAUUUGCUUUCUAAGAUCUAUGAUGGACAUUGAGAGUGAAGUUCAAGUUCGUGCCAGUGGAGGGCUUCUUGCCAUAUUGGAGAAUGAAAGAGUUGUGGAUACCAUUGAACAAAAUGAGUGUGGGAGUGUAUCAAUUGCAAUCAAUUCUGUCAUGCAGAUCUCAUUAAACAAAUUCCUUAAAGUUGACUCUGCUGCUCACGAGGCAUUGCAGAUAUUCCAAACAGACACACAUCCAAGCCACAUGGGUAUUGGUAGAGCAAAAGAAGGGUUCUCUGUCUUUGGCAUGAUGAAUAAGUGUGUCACUCCUAUGGGCAGACGACUUCUCAGGUCAUGGUUUCUCAGGCCCAUACUCAACCUCGACAACUUGAAUAGUCGUCUUAAUGCUAUAUCAUUUUUCGUUUCAUCUGAAGAAUUGUUGACUUCUUUACGUGCUACACUGAAGUCUGUUAAGGAUGUUCCUCACAUACUGAAGAAAUUCAACUCUCCAAGUUCCGUAUGUACCUGUGGUGAUUGGACAUCUUUUUUGAAGAGCCUUUCUGCACUUCUGCACAUCAACAAGAUUUUUGAACUAGGAAUUUCUGAAAAUCUCCAGGAGCAUGUUAACUAUUUUAGUUUACCUAUUGUUGAGAAGGCGGCUUCAUGCAUCUCAAUGGAUUUAGCUUAUGUAUAUGAGCUGAUAAUUGGUGUUAUUGAUGUAACUAGAAGUAAAGACAAGGGUUAUGAGACAAUGGUGAAAGAUGGAUUUUGUGAAGAGUUGGAUGAACUGAGGCAGAUAUAUGAAGAACUGCCAGAAUUUUUGGAGGAGGUGUCGUCAUUGGAACUUGCACGCCUUCCUUACAUGUCUAAAGAAAAAUUUCUUCCACAAGUUGUGUAUAUAAAUCAAAUAGGAUAUCUGAUGUGCAUCUUUGAAGAAAAGUUAGAAGAGCAUGUUCUAGAGAACGUUCAAGACUAUGAAUUUGCUUUCUCUGAUGAAGACAGUGAUGUAAAAAAGUUCUACUACCGUAAUGCCAAGACACGAGAAUUGGACAGCCUAUUAGGAGACAUAUAUCAUAAAAUCCUCGACAUGGAGAGAGCCAUCACAAGAGACUUAGUGUUGCAUAUUCUUGAGUUCUCGAUGAAUCUACUCGACGGAAUCAAUUUUGCAGCAGAACUCGACUGUUUUUUGUCACUGGCAUUGGUUGCUCGCCAAAACAAUUAUGUAAGGCCCACGUUGACUGCUGAAGCUGUGCUUGAUAUUCGGAAUGGAAGACAUGUUUUGCAGGAAAUGACAGUUGAUACAUUUAUACCUAAUGAUACAAAGAUUGUUGACCAUGGGAAUGUUCAUAUCAUUACAGGACCUAAUUAUUCAGGAAAAAGCAUAUAUAUUAAGCAGGUAGCACUGAUAGUUUUUCUUGCCCACAUUGGAAGUUUUGUACCAGCAGAUGCUGCAACAGUGGGUUUAACUGAUAGAAUUUUCUGUGCCAUGGGAGGCAAGCUUAUGACUGCUGAACAAUCCACAUUUAUGAUUGACCUACACCAAGUUGGAAUGAUGCUAAGGCACGCUACUUGUCGAUCGUUAUGUUUGCUAGAUGAAUUCGGCAAAGGAACACUUACUGAAGAUGGUAUUGGCCUCCUUGGUGGAACCAUUGAACAUUUUAUCUCAAUGUAUGCUCCUCCAAAGGUUCUAAUAUGUACUCACCUGACCCAGAUAUUUGUCGAUAAUGAUUUAUCUCAGUCAGAUAACGUCAAAUACUACACUAUGAGUGUUCUAAGACCGGACGACAAUAGUAACAUGGAGGAUAUUGUAUUUCUGUACAGGCUGGUUCCUGGGCAUGCACUUCUUAGCUACGGAGUACACUGUGCCCUACUUGCUGGUGUUCCCCAAGAAGUUAUUAGGAGAGCAGCACUUAUAUUGGAUGCUACUACCAAAGGCAUUCCUAUGGACCGAGUUUGUGAUGAAAAGAUAUCAGCUCAAGAUGAGCAGUAUAAGGAUGCUGUGGAGAAGAUGGUGGCUUUAGAUGCUAUUAACGGUGACUUGGCCUUGUUCUUUCAAGAUAUUUUUCCCGGUCAACCAUAGCUACUGUACUUAUAAUUGCAUGUGAAAAACAAAAUUAGUUGGAGCUUACUAGCAGUUACUAUCUUCUUGGUUUUGGUAAAUAGUUUACUAGCAGUUGUGAUUCUUUUGGGUUAAAUCCCAUACAAAUUGAAUGUUACUAAGUCGCAUUAUGGAUAAGCAUGAUAAAGUUGCUGGUGGAA